ACACACACACACACACACACAGAGAGAGAGAGAGAGAGAGAGAGAGAGAGAGAGAGAGAGAGAGAGAGAGAGAGAGAGAGAGAGAGAGAGAGAGAAGCAUAAGCAUUUGAGCAUGGGCACGGUUAGGAAGGCAGGUGCGGCGGCUGUGUGCGGCCCCACCUCGGCCUUCCCCUUCGUUAUAGGGGACGGAUUGUCUCUUUGCUCUCCUCCAGAGAAACGAUUGAAGUCGGAAGAAACGCCGGACGGCCGUGCUGGGCAGCAGCGACCCGGCAGUCAGGCAGGGGGAACUGAUGUUUGUCGAGCGUCAUGCUUUUCGACCGCUGCAGCUGUUUCUCGCUCUAUGGUCGAGAAUGCCUCCGCUUCUUCUGAUCAGGGUAAUCAUCGUGUUGAAACCGAAUGCGCCAACGAUCUGCGGCGCGUUGACGUGCAUGCAUUGCCGCGAGAGUCUUGUGGCGCUACCGCACAUGGAUCUCCUCCUGCGCGUACUCCUCCUCCUCCUCCCCCCCCUCCACUUUUAGAGCGCAAUUACCUUGAUUGUGUCUCGAGAUCUCCGGUUUGCAAAUCGUCGCAAACACAGCCAGAGCGAAAGGGCAGGGAGAUGACCGUCUUGUGUAAAUUGGAGCCUUGUUCCCCUCCUGGUCCCAAUCAGGAGUCCCAGCAUCCGGAGGUUCAGAGUGGGAAUCAGACUAAGGGUCCCGCUGGCGGCAUUGGAUUUGAAAGCAGCGUCUCCUUGACGAUGGGUUAUGGUUGCGGUAAUGGUGGAUAUGGUGGAAGAACGUCCGUGGAAGCCGAGCGCAACUUCAUAUCCGGGUUCGGGGAAAGGCAUCUCUCGCCGAAUGCGCAUCAUCAUGAAGUUGUUGGGGCUGGUGACGGUGGAGGACGAGAAGGUGCAGGAGCAGCGGCAGGUGUAGCAGGAGGAGGAGGGGAGGAGAGCCCGAAGUCGUCCGUAGAUAGCCAAUCGGGUGAGUCGUGUCCAAUGGCUGGGACGGGAGUGGCGGGAGAGCCAAGAGGAGGAGAAGGGGGGCGAGGUAAUCUGUCGUCGCCAGGGUCGAUGAAAGAGGGAGCGGUGAAGAUGUCGUCGAAUGGGAGUCCCGGGCAGUCGGGGGGAAACCGUGUUGGUCUGACGAUGACGGGACGGCCGCCGGAGUUUCUGGCGGUGGCGGGUGGAAUUGUUGGUCACAUGGCGGUUUCCGCGGCGCCGCUGUGUCAGGGCGCGCGCAUCAUUCGGAUGGGAAACGCCACGUCGACGGCCACGUUAACGCCUAUGCCUAUGCCCAGCCAUACGAGCAGUCUUUUGGCAAACGGGCAGUUGCAGCAUUAUCAUUUGCAUCAGCAAAAACCAGCGGGGCAAGAUGAGCCGACGCUGCGGGCCGCGCAUCAAUUGCAGCAGCAGCAACAGCUGCAUCUUCAGCAGCAGCAGCAGCAGCAGCAGCAACAGCAGCAGCUUCAACUGCAGAAGCAGCUGCAACAGCAUCAGCAGAUUCAGCAGCAGCAGCAGCUGAAACUGCAGCAGCAGCAGCUGAAACUGCAGCAGCAGCAGCAGCAGGUACUGCAGCAGCCCGAAGGCGCAAGUUCCAACAUUUGUGUUCCCUUUUGUAGCGUAUGCUCCAUGGCGGCGCCGUUAACGCCCCCGGCACCAGCGUGGAAGGCCAACGAUUCGAAGAGCGAAGAAGAGAGACAACAGAGAGCAAAGAACCUCCUCUGCAGCGUUGAGGGUCAGAGAGUGAUCGACUUUUUGUCCGAAAAUAGGUUCAAGAUCAGGCGUCCCGACCGAGCUGGAGGGCAAGAUGGAGGUGCCCAUGAGCGGCUGCGGGUGGCGUUCGGAGUGCCGGUGCCUUUAGCAGCAGCGAGGAUUAUCGGGGUGAAGGUGGAGCCAAGUGAAAUUCAACAGAGUGAAGAGGGGGGGUUGGCAGGGCUGCGAGCGUACAGCGAAGGAGCGGCGGCAAUGGCGGCGGCGGUGGGGGCGGCAGCGUGUGGGGCGAGGUCGCCGAGCUCGGCGAGAGCAGUAGACGUGGCGGUGGGAAGGAGGGCACCAGAUGGCGCGGUGGCGGUGGGACCAAGCUCUACCGCGGAAGGAGGCGCGAACAGAGAGAGGGAGAUGAUGGAAACGACCUGCCGAGCUCCGACGGCUACGGGUUAUUCUCGCUCAGCAGAAAGCGUCCCUGCUCGAUCUGGUGGUAGCAUAUCGGACGACCGGUCGCACAGUGAAGUGUUGCAAUCGGUUGAGAGGAUGAGCCGGUCGCGGACGCGUUCCCCCGCUAUGGUGGUACUUGCUCGCUGUGAUGGGGACUCUGGUGCCGGGCGGGCGGAGCUGCUGCCCGUGAGGGGGGGUCCUUUGGUGAACAAUGGCACUCAGGUUGUCACCAUCUCCUCCAUGGUUGCUGGGUUCUUGCAGUCGCAAUCCCCGGCUACGCUGUCUUCUCCUAAUCACUCCCCGUUCCCCCAGCACCAGCAGCAGCUCCAGCAGCAGCUCCAGCAGCAGCUCCAGCAGCAGCAGGAGGCCAGAUCGACGACUGUAGAUACAUUGCCCAUGCAGGGUUGCAGUAUGAUAAAGCCCACUAAUAUGCCGAAGUACGUAGUGCACUGUUCGGCCGCGGGUCUCAACUCCUCCCCCACGUCAUCUUCCAACAAGGAACAAAAUGGUCCGGCGGUACGACCGCCGGUAGGUUGUAUGAGUGGCACGACGGAGCGCAGCUCGGCGGACGGUCGCUUGGCCGCAACGACCGGUCAAUCGAGUCCGGAUUGCAGCACGACCACGGGCGGGGGCGCGGCUGUCGUCGAUGAACAUCAGCAGGAGCAUCAAUGCAAGGAGGCGGCGGCCGAGAGAGAGCGGGAGAAUCCUCAACAGCAGGAUCAGCAAAAGAGACAGAGAGAGGGACGUGAAGAGGGGCUAGAGGAGGGCAAUAAGAAGGGAUGCUGCGCAGGUCGUCAGUUUUUGCAGAUGAAUAUGAACGCGGGUCCGGCGGCGUCUUCAGCUGAGGACAUGAUGAGACGCCUUCGGGAAGGAGGCGGAGGGGGAGUAGUGGAGCCGUCCUUCCAAACGGCAGCUACCGAAGGCGACCGGUCGCCAGGGAACGUUCCCCCGACGACCGCUUUAGGGCCGGCGGCGGCGGCGGCGGCGGCGGCGGCGGCUGGUUCGGGGGUCGGGCCGCAGACGAGAUUAGCGAGCCAUCUUUGCUCAGCGGCUGCGGAUGGAGAUGCGAACGGUAGAGGUAAUAACCAGUCCCCGCCAGUCCGUCCGCCGCCGACGACCAAUCAGGAGAAGGUCUCGGUGUCGGUCGCCUACGAGGCGACCGGUAGCCCCGCUGCUCGCUCGGCGUUGGCGGAAAGGCCUGUUGUCUCCAUCCUAACUUCUGGUUGUGUGUCGUCUGCAGCGGCGGCAACAGCGGCCGCAGCAUCGCCGGCAGCAGCUCCUCAAGCGUCUCCACCAUCCCGCCGGCAGCGCAGAGGUGUCUCAUUGCGCGGAGGACAAAGGGGGACCAGCAUGCCGGGGUCGAAGAAGAAAGGAAGGCCUGCAAAAUCGUUGCUGGAAAUCACCAUCUGUUCGCGCAAGAAAAAUCCCCUCACAGGGAAGAUGAUGGUGAAGGAAACCGGUGCCGCUAAGAAGAAGAUCCAGAAGAUCAAGGAGCUGCUGUGGGAUAUUGUGGAGAUCGUAUUGGGCCCUAAGGAGGUCAUUAAACCUGCGGACGUGGACAAGGCAUUGGCCGUUGUCUUGGAGCGGGGUAUAGGUGGAGCCCAGGCUAGGAACAUCGUAAAACUCCUUCCCGAGAAGAACCCCGGAAGCACUCGCGCUAUGAGGGAGGAUUUCUUGAAAAUCAUUCGCCAGGAUUUCACAAAUGCAAGAAUGGCAGCGGGUCCAGUGGCAAGAGGUGGACUUAAGCAGAAGACCCUGAAGGAGUUGAAGAACCUAGAUACGCAUGGUGUACUCAGUUGCAGUUGGUCGGGGAUUUACCUUUGCAGGAAAGCCGAUGAGCAUAACGAUCGGCCGUUUGUCGAGGAAUGGGAUCACCAAGCGGAUGGCAGUCGGGUGGCUACUUGCACAGCAGCGGCCCAGUUUGAGCGAGCAGCAGAAUGGGGGGAGGAGGAGAAGAAACCGGAGAGGGUCGGGGAGGAAGAACGGAGUGGAGGGCUAGUGCAUGUGCCCGGAAACAAGGCGUCCCCAAGCGUGCAGAUCACAAAGCGGGUGCGGAUGGACCAGAGUUGUGGCAAUCAUCCGUCGAACGAGAUCGUCAUUGGAUUGCAGAGCCCAGUUGUGAUGAUGGGAGGAGGGUUAGCUUGGGUGAGAGGAGAGAAUGGGGUGCCAGAGGACGGCCUUGAGCGGAAGGGACUGAAUCUGAAUCAGAUGGUGCAUGCCUGAUUGGAAUAGCAAUUGCCUCACCUGUGUGAUGAAGUGAGAUGCCUUUCUGCCUUGUGCCUGAUUUUCCACAUGCUUAACCUUGUCCUCCAUCUGCCUCUCGCACAUUCUUUCUCACGACGAUUUUCGUAGUCUCCUUGUACAUCCAACCUUGCGAGGUGUAGCUCGCGUUCUUUGUAUCAUAUUGUCUUUUAUGUAGUCUACAGUUUUGGGCAGGGUGGUGGAUAGAAGCAAUACCACAGAGAGUCGAGGGAGAAAGCAUUGCUGAUUGAAUCGUUGCCUGGUGUUGGGACGUUCUGGAGGACGGAGGACGGGUGGCUACAGUCCUUGGCAGGCAUCGCUGGUUCAAUGGCGACAUGGUGUUGGGGCUAGGAUGUUUGACGGUUGUUGGGGGGCCAAGGGGUCCCGCGGCGUGGGGUGUGAAGAGGCACAGUGUUCACAUCUGUCGACGCAACAUUUGAGUGCAGCGUGCAUUCCGAUGAAGUCCCUACAUCGGAAUUCCAGCUCGUGUUUUGUGCUCUGUCUCUGACAAUGUACAGGGUUUCCUUGAAUCACUGUUUGCAUGCAGAACGAUCCCUGUCAUCAGUUCCUUGCGGUGAGUGGUAGGUCAGUUGCGUGGUAUGUUAGGAGUGCAUUAUCUCGGCGAGCCCGUAUGCACGGUGAGGAGUGCAGCGGACUGGUAGGCCGAUUUCGCGUUAUGUGAGGACACUGAGGAGUGCAUGAUCCAUCUCAAUGCCUAUGCACAGUGACGAGUGCAGCUGACUCGUAGGCUGAGCGGCGAGUCCGCGUUAUGUGCAGAGUGCAUCCAUCUCGACUCAUAUGCACGGUGAGGAGUGCAGCAGACGCGUAGGCCAAUUGCGCAUUAUGUGAGGACUGCAUGAUCCAUCUCAACGCCUAUGCACGGUGAGGAGUGCAGCUGACUCGUAGGCUGAGCGGCGAGUGAGCGUUAUGUGCAGAGUGCAUCCAUCUCGACUCGUAUGCACGGUGAGGAGUGCGGCGGCCGAUUGCACAUUAUGUGAGGACUGCAUGAUCCAUCUCAAUGCCUAUGCACGGUGAGGAUUGCAGCUGACUCGUAGGCGGAGUGGCGAGUGUGCGUUAUGUGCGGAGUGCAUCCAUCUCGACUCAUGUGCACGGUGCUCAGGGAAGAGCACCGAGAGAAGUCGCAAUGUGACGGGUAAGCUGAGCCGUUGACUUUGAGUCCUUGGGAUUGAUUCCCGCGCAGAAGUGUGUUAAUGGAUAGCUUUACGGCAGCACGCAAAAGAAACGAUGUUCGCAGAAGCAUUGUGUGUGUGUUGACAACGAGCUGAUAGCGGGCAAGGCAAUCUUAUUAGCUUCUUCGGCUGCUGAAACACAGAUCAGUGGAUCGUUGGGCCCGAGAGGCGCACCUUGGCAAUUACUCUGGACCAAGCAACAGCAAGGAGAUGAGCUUUUAUUCACAUUCUUGUUCCUGGGAAUGCAGACGGCGGCUGUUCUAAUGCUUGUUUUAUGGACUUCUAUAAUGUAUCUAUUAUGUGCGAUCGAACUUUAUUGCUGUUUUUGCAUUGCUUGCAGCCAGUGCAGUGUGCAAAUCAUUUCAUCUUAAACACACUUGAGGCCUAGGAUGAUGCGCUGAAAUUCGAAC